AUGACAGUCUCAAAGCUCAGACACAACGAGACUGCAAAUGACUUCAAAAGCAGAUGCACUCGACCUUACCCACCUAAUCCCACAUGCUUGACCACGUACUACAACCAAUGUGCUAAAUUCUACACAAGAACUAUGUACCACAAGGUUGCUGAGCAGCUUCAUUUAGAGAAUAAUUAUUUUGUCAUAAGUCAGGAGCAAGAAGGAGAGUGGCAGAUAUACACCAUUGGAAAGUUUCAGCAUCCGGAAGUCCAAUACCAAGUUCAUUACUGUGAAGGCCAACGAGCACUACACUGUAGCUGCAUGCUAUAUGAAAGUCAGGGGUACCCUUGUAGACAUUUAUGGGCUACAAUGAAAAGAUUAGACAUCAGAAGAAUACCUAAUACUCUUCUCAUGAAGCGAUGGAGCAAAUCCGCGAAGACAAAUCUCCACCUACAUUUUAACCCCCCCGCACAAGAACAACAACACAUUUAUGAGAUGGCUAGGUUUGGAUCUCUCAGCUCAUUAACUUAUAACUACAAUUUUUAUGCAGCAAAAACAGAGGAUUCGUACACGCGUGCAAAGGAAGAGAUUGAACGGCUAACUCUAAUGUUCAAGGAAGAAUUUGAGAUGAGUUCCAAUCCAGAAGGACAGACGCCACAACCUGGAAGAUAUCGUAACAACCCCAACAUUAUUAAAGACCCUGAAGUUGUGAGAACAAAGGGUACAGGAAAUCCAAGGGAAGGACCAAACGAGGAGCAGAUCCCAAGAAACUCAAGACAUUGUCGCAUUUGUCGCUCAUCAGGCCAUGAUUAUCGGCGGUGUCCAAACCGUCAACAGAAUACUGGAUCUCAGGGGCAACAGUCAGCACACAAUCAACCAACAACUGACUCAUUCAAUGAACACUCCAACGCGUAUUUCCCUGAACCGCCUUCCUCCACACAAGAAUCAUACUAUGGUCAUUCAUAUAUAUAA